AUGUGUCAUGCUGCCAAAAUUCGCAUUGGCACGCAUACUAAUUUCGAUCCUUUCAACUUGGAAAGUUUGGACGGCUUGGUAGCUCCGAAAGGCUUGGACCAGCAGAUGGAUGCUGAAGAGGCAAGCCGUGAUGCUAAGAAAGCGGAAAAUGCUAAAAACAAAACGAAAAAAGCCAAAGAAGAGGCGGGAGAUAGCGCUGAUGAGAGCGAAUAA